CACAGGUAGGCCCCACAGUCUCCUUCUCCAAAUCUCAAAUGUUAUCUAAUCAUCCACACCCAAAAUCACACAAAAUUCAAUCAAAACCCUAAAACUUGAAACUAACUGUAAUAAAAUAAAUCAGAGCAGAAUUCUCAGCUCGACCAACCAUGGAGAUUUCUUCAGUUUCUUUAUCAGUACCAACACCUCUUCCUUCUCUACCUUUAUCUUCGUCCCGUUCUAGCUUUUGCGUCAACAAUGUCAACGGGACCGCUUUCAUGACCAGGAAGGUUGAUGCGUUGGUUUUAGGUCGAAGCAGAACCCGAUUCGGAACUGAGCGAGCUAGAAAGGGUAUGACUUGUAAUGCUUUGUUUGGUCUUGGCGUGCCUGAGCUCGUCGUUAUUGCUGGAGUUGCUGCUUUGGUUUUUGGACCGAAGAAGUUGCCGGAGGUCGGGAAGAGUAUUGGAAAGACUGUCAAGAGCUUCCAACAGGCAGCAAAGGAGUUUGAAUCUGAGCUGAAGGGACCCGAGGUGACAGAAGAGGCCCCUGUGGACAAACCUACGGCAGUGAUGAUUGAAGAAGAGAAACAAGAUACCAAGGUCCCCAGCUCAAAAGAGACUGUAUGAGAUUCUAGGGUUUUAAGUAGUUUUAUUUAUAAACUAUUGUAACACUGUUUUACCAUCACCUGAUGCAUAUUAUCUCUAAUUUUUAGGCAAUUUAAUAAUACCCUUUUCUUUGUUUGGUCAA